AUGAAGAUAGCCCCAACACUUUCUACCAAUGCUUUUCUCUUGUACAAAUACAUGAGAAGUGCAUGUAUUCUUUAUAACUUACGAAACUAUUCCUCAAAACAACUUGCAAACAAAGUCUUUCAUGUGCCACAUGAGGACGACAUUGCUCACGUCGCGUCACCGAGGCUUGACGCAAUAAAGACUACUUCUUCAUCAUUGCCUCCAUUGCGACCACCACCAUCACUGCUUACGUUAUCGCGACCGUUAAACACAUUGCCUUUGCUAAGACCAUUGCAGGAGGAAUCCAAGAAUGAUUUACCAAACACUAAUUCUGAGUUGCAGCAGCUUCUUUCUAGAACCACUCCUGCGUUUAAGCUUCGGGAUUACCAAGUUCAAGCAAUAGAAGCAAUAAAGUUGGCUUUAGAUCAAGGUAUCAGGAGGCCAGCAGUGGUUGUAGCAACUGGUGGAGGCAAAACCGUCAUUUUUUCAAACCUUAUACGGGAGCUUCUAGAUAUGCUGCGUACUGAAACAACGAAAAGCCAAAGUCAAAACAAAAGGAUUUUGGUUUUGGCCCAUACUGAAGAGCUUAUCAAACAAGCUGUGCAAAAGAUCAAAGCAAUCAACCCGGAGUUGAAUGUGAGGAUUGAGAUGCGAUCAGCAAGAUCUAAAGAUACAGAUGAUGUUGUUGUUGCGUCCGUGAUGUCUAUUAAGCACCCAAGAAGAUUAGCCAGGUUCGAUCCUGCCCAUUUCACCAGUAUAAUUAUUGAUGAAUGUCAUCACGCGCCAGCUGCCACUUAUCAAAAAAUUCUCAAUCAUUUUGGUGCAUUGCUGCAUGAUCUGCACCUUUCGGUGAUUGGGUUUACAGCAACCUUGUCUCGAUUUGACAAGCGGUCACUUGGUGUGAUUUUUGACAAGGUGGUGUUUCAACGGUCUCUUUUGACAAUGAUUGAAGCUGGGGAACUCGUAAAACCAGUGAUACACCGGCCUCUUGUUGCCAAUUUGAAUUUGGAAUCUGUUAAACGUCAAGGCUCUGAUUAUGAUACGGAAAAUCUAUACAAUGCAAUGAGUGCUGUUGGGUUUAACGAUAAAGCUGUACUAUCAUAUAUGAGACUAGUGGAGCAGACUGCAUGUAAAAGCACUUUAAUCUUUUGUGUUAAUGUACAACAUUGCUGGGAAUUAUGCUCAACGCUUCAGUCUCACGGAAUAAAUGCUCAAUACGUGACAGGAGAAACAUCAAAAUCAGAGAGGGCUGCAAUAGUUGAAGAUUUCAAGCUGGGAAAGAUUCCAGUGCUUUGCAAUGUCGAAGUGUUUACCGAAGGAACUGAUAUUCCCAAUAUUGACUCGAUUAUUUUGGCAAGACCCACCUUGUCGAGAACACUCGUGACUCAAAGCAUCGGAAGGGGAUUACGGUUACACAAGAACAAGACCUGUUGUCAUGUAGUUGAUUUGGUUGACAAUACCAUAGAAGGUAUUGAUGUAUUACCAAGUUUAGAUGGUGACCACUCCCAAGUAAGCUCUGCGAAAGCAAAUAAUAAAGAGAAAGCGAAGGAAACUUUGGAAUCAGACCAGGUACUGGGGCAAGAUGCAUCAAAAUCACCAAGAACCAUGACUUUUGCUGAGAGAGAAUUAGCGGUAAAGAGGAUUUUAAAGCUACACAAUGGUAAAGUAUUGACCCUUGGUGAAGCAGUAAACCCAUCUUCGCUCAAUUACAUGUUCCAAAACGACGAUGUUGUUGGAAAAUUUAUGCUCAAGAACCGUCUUCCAUGGACCAUGAUGGGCUAUCACUCAAAAUGGGGACUUCCCGGAAGAGAUGAUCGGUAUUUUAUUUUGAGAAGGGUAAAAACAGACAAUUCAAACUUAAGCUCCUUUGAGUUAAGCGAACAUCGACACGGUUCACAUGAAUCAAAGAUGAUCUAUAAAGAUGUGAAUCUUUUAAAGGUUUUGCAACAACUAGAAAAAGAAUACCCAUUUGAUGUAAAGUAUGCUGAGCUGUGCAAUAAUUGGGCACGGCGUGCAACUAAAAAGCAAGUCGCGUGGCUUUUAACUCGAUUGGAAAAGAACAUGCAAGCUUUUAUAAGAGAGAAAAGGAUGGACAUAACUGUGGAGGGUUUUGCACAAAGAGUUUCACAUGUUUUAUCACAAGAACGGUUAGCUUUGUUGACUAGAUUAUUUUUUGCCUUGAGAGUUGAUGAACCAACAUAUUAUGGAAAAGCGAAAAUCAAUCAAAUUAUGAAGAAGGCAGCAUAUUCUCACAAAGAUGAUUAA